AUGGGCGUAUCAGCCAGUCCCUACGCCACCGAGCUUCACGCCGCCGUUCUUUCCGGUCGAAUCCUCGCCGUCCGUAGAUUCAUCGAUCGCGGCGCGCGCGUAACAGCUCGCGACAAGAUCGAUCGCACCCCUCUGCACUGGGCGGUCGCCGUGGGCCUCGAAGACAUCGCGAAGAUCCUCCUUAUAAGCACUCCUCCGCGCUCGUUAAAAGCCGGGGAUAAGUACGGUCGCACGGUCCUUCACUACGCCGCAGCGUCUGGAAAUGUUUCUCUUGCCCGCGUGAUGAUCAACCGCGGCGCGUCGGUGAGCGCGGAGGAUCAACGGCUGGUAACGCCGCUCCAUCUGGCGGCGGAGCAGGUGAAUCCGGAGAUGGUGCAGCUCCUACUCGGCCACGGCGCGCUGUGCGGGGCGGCGGACGCGGAAGGGCGGAGCCCGCGGGAGUACGCGGAGCGGGUGGGCAGCGCGGACUGCGCGCGUCUGUUGCGCGAUGCGGAGGAACGGACGGUGGAUCGGUCGGUUGCGACGGCCGCGGCGGCGGCGCAGUCGAAGGAGAAUACAGGGGUCGUAUGGGAGGGUGAGGCGCGUGCAUCGUUAACAUCAUCACACGAGGUCUCGGCUGCUGCAGCACGGCCCGCCGGUUCCGAUGCUCCCUCGCAGCUUCGGGUUCCGAUGGCGAACCUGGCGAACGUACCUGCAGCAGAUACGGCGGCGAAGGGCAAUCGGAUGGGAGCAGACCCGCUGAAAGCGGAAGCACGGGAAGGUGACGUGACGAAUUUUGAGAAGCAGUCGCGCGGAGGGCUCCUGGUGUGCGGAGGAGAAGCAGAGGAGAGGCGAGUGGCUGCAGGGGAGGGUUUUCCCGAGGCUAGUUUACGCGAUUCUGUGCCGUCUGCUUGUGCUGGGAGGGUGGGUGCAGGGGAGGUGGGAUUCAGCAGGAGUGGCUUCGGAGGCGUGCGGUGUGGGGAGAAGCCGAGCUCGAGCUGGGAUGAAGGCUGGGUGAAGGGACUGCAAUAA